UUGUUGUUGUUGUUUUUUCCUGUUAAAUAGUUGCUUGCUCUGCCUCCUCACCUAUGGUCGGCUUUGUUUAAACCAGUCUACAAUAUUCAAGUAGAAAGCUCUUUGAGCAAAGGUGUGUGCUAGGGCUGAGCCACACCAAACUAGGAACAGGGUUUUCCAACAAAUAAAUAAAGCGGUCUUGGGUUUGACAGUGUGAUCAAAUAUCCUGAAACAAAGAACUGAAAAAUGUAAAACAAGCCACACAAAGCCCAACAUUAUGUGGCUCACUAUCAGGAAGGCUAACGUGGUGAUUGUGUUUGUCCCCAGAACCUGAGGUCACAAAGGAAUUGAGAAGUUCUUUGAAGAAAUCAUGUCUGAAAACUCCCCAAUGUUGGGAGAAGAUGGGAACCCACAGAUGUUCACAGAGUGGUCUGGUCAACUCGAGUGUUCAGGGGACAUUCUCCAGGGCACACAGCAUGCCAAACCAGGACGUCUGAUGGAACCAAAGAAACAAUGUCGUCUGGGAAACAAAGCAAGUGCUAGCAAAAUGAGCAUCAGCCUUGAUCAGGAGACAGACUAUGCAGAACUGGUUCUCUCUGUGGGAGAAAUCACACUUGGAGAGAUGUAUAGGAAGAAAAUGAAAGAUACUCAACUAAGGAAAAGAGAGGCCCAAAGUGUCUCAGAGGCUGUGUGCACUCUGGUGAAUUGGGGGGGCGUGGUCAAGGCUCACAUCAGCAAUUCCAAUUACUCCUUCACCAGAGAUGGAAUGGGACUGGAUUUGGAAAAUUCUUUUGGUAACAUUCUUCCACUUUCUCAGAAAUACCUAGACUACAUGAAGGACAAAGACUACUUUUUAAUUUUUGUGAAACAAUGGAUCCCGGAUAUGUCUGGUCAGCGUGUCCUCACCUGGAAAACCAAUUUCUAUGUGAGAAGUUUGUCAUUGUCCCAUGAACUGAAAGCUCCUGAUGCAGUGCAGUUCCUCAAAGAAAAGAAAUAUGCUAAAGGGAUGUCAGGUUCAAGACUAAGUUGGCCUGGAUCAUUUGGCUGUGAUGAAUUACAACGUGAAAUGCUCGCCAUGUUUUUUAACAAGGAACAGUUGACCUACAAGGAGACUUUGUGUUUCACUAAGUCGAAAUAUGCUGAAGUUAAAAUGUGCCCUAAGAAGAUUAAAGAAAAGAUUUUAGCGAUUCUCCCUCAACCUUUUUCUGCAUUUGCAAACACUGAAGGGGGAUAUUUGUUCUUUGGUUUGGAUGGAGACAACCAAGAAGUAAUUGGUUUUGAAGCCAAUGAGAAUGAUCUGGUGCACCUAGAGAGUGAAAUAGAGGAGUGCAUCCGACAGCUGCCUGUCGCUCACUUCUUUGAGGAGCAGGAGAAGAUAAAGUACACAUGCAAAUUCAUCCAAGUCCACAGGCAGGGAGCUGUGUGUUCAUAUGUCUGUGCACUCAGAGUGGAGAGAUUCUGCUGUGCCGUGUUCACUGCAGAUCCGGAAUCCUGGCAUGUGGAAGGCGGCCGUGUGAAGGGGUUUACUGCGGAGGAAUGGGUCAAGCGCCAGAUGGACUCCACCCCAGGUUUCUCCAAGGGAAAAGAUAAACAGACCCUUCAAUCAAGCAUCCCACCACUCCGUCUCAGUAGAUCGUUUGUUCAUGACAUUCCAGAAGCUCAGCAACAGAGGGCCCACCUUCCAGCCGUGUGUCGAAAGGUGACGUGCUCUCCAGAAGCCCUCUGCAUGGAACUGUGCCCAGAACAGGGGAGAUACGAGCAGUUACUUUGGACAGAGUUGGCCUCACUUCGUCGAGGAACGCUGGUCACCUCUAAGAGCUGGACUCUGGGUCCUGGCUUGCCUGAGAAGCAGGAAGUCAUCUUGGAUUUGCUUCAUAUUUCCCAGGACAGUCUUCUGACCCUUCAUUGCUUUGUCCUGGGAGACGGGGAGCUGGAAGACGACAGCACUGUUCUGAAUGAAUUAGGUGCUAAGUUAAAGAACUAUUGUAAACAAACUGCAUUAACUUUAAAGCAGAUGCUGGUAAAUCUUGGCGGUUACACUGGGAAAGUCGGUGUGGUGAUAAAGAUAGUAUACUUGGGUCAUAGGGCAGUGUCUCUAUAUGAUUCAAGCUCGAAAAUAAGUUACCCUAGAACCUAUUAUCUGACAACCAAGACAGUAAGGCACUUAGAGAAAGCUCUUGCUGAGGUUGUAGAGACGGUGUCCCGACAUAAAACUAUAAUGAUCAGUUUACCUUGAAAUUUUAAACAUAUAGCCUUAGAUACUUUACUUUUUGAGGAAUGUCCUAGAUCAUGAUUGAGACUUCUUGACAUGUGAAAUGGACUAUAAUGCAAUGAUAUUUCAUGCUUUAUGAUAAUGUUCUCUCGUUGGAUAAGUAUAUGGAAAUGCGUCUUUGAAUAACUUCACAAAAAUAGAAAUGAAAUUCUGGGAAAGGGAUUGGCCGUUAAAGAAGACUAUGAUCAAACGGUGCUUUAAAAAUGUGUUCCUGUAAGGGGAUGUGACCUAUGCCUUUAAUUGUAUCACUUGGAGGAAGGCUGGUCCUCUUAGUCUACAUAGGGAGUUCCAGGAAAGCCAGGGCUAUAGGAAGAGACCAUGCCUCAAAAUAAAUACAUAAGUAAAUAAUAUAAAACAAAAAUGUAUCCCAUUCUGCAUUCUGGCUGAGGAAAUUCAUGGUAUCUUUAAUCAAGGAAGACACUCUUCCUAGAGUAGUGAAGAAAAUGAUGAUGAAGGCACUAUAGGCAACGUUCUGUCACAGUGUUGCUGCUCUGCUGCCUGUGUUAUUGCUGUUACAUCUGUGAUUUCCAAAAUCGCAGAGGCAAGGCUCAGGGUAUGUGGAAAGUAAGUACAGACUCCUCACAGAAGCAUACAGUAAAUAUGGGAGGUUUCCGAAAAGGUAAAAAACACAUAGAAACGAAUACAAUUGUCUAUUUUAUCUUGAAGAAAAACAAUGUAUCUGUUGGUGUAAGACUUCAAAAUGUCAACAAAUCCCAGGAACUAGGCCAUACAAAUACUCUCUAUGGGGUAAUGGCAUGUUCUCAAGUUCCCAUUUGUAACAUUGUUCCCUUUUGAAGUCUUGAUACUAUGUCUUUAAGAGUUCGAUAUUAUUCUCUUAUGGUUCUCUUAUGGUUCGAUGUAUGUUUUAUAUUCGAAUUCUAGUAUUGUUUGUGCUGUAGAUUAACACCUAUUAUGGUAUUUACAGCACUGAAUUUAUAUGCGUGUAUUGUGCUUUAAUUUGAAAUGUUGGUGUUUCCUUCAUAAAGGAAGCAAUGUCUUCAUUGUACAUCUUCAUUUGUGAAGGACAACAUUUCUCAACACUUGGACCCUAAGGGUUAUGAUAUAUGUAGUGGUACCUGUUUUGACUUUUGAUGGAGCUCAUCAAAAGGCAGGUUGACCAUCAUGAGAGCUCCUAUGACAGGGGCUUUGGGCUGGUGGCUCACAGAUGCCAGUCAUCCAAAGCCAUGUUUUAUGUUUUUAUCAAUACAAUUUAUUUUUAAAAUCUACUUCAUUUUACAUGUAACUUUUUCUUAUGUCUGGAUCUUUCUGAAUAUAAUUCUUCUCUUUGCAUCUUUCUUUGAUGAAGUUUGAUUGUAAUAUGUGGGAAGUUAUACUUAGCAAAAUUUGGAUGCACACAAAAUAUUCUGCCAUCUUUUUCUAAAAUAAAUGAUCAUUU